CUCUUUUCGCCCUGUAAAGUACUCAGAGCGUCCUUCUCUCUCUUUCUCAGGUUAUCUCACUCUGAGGCGAUCCCUAAUCCAAAACCUAAUUUCUUAUUGUUUUGAUGUUAUUUGAUUCUUCAAUUCCUCCCUAAAGGUUCUAUUUUUUUCACAUUCUGCUAAUAACCACAUUAGAUAUCAAUUUCUCCGGCGGCGAUCGUUUUGUUUACUUCGGUAAUUUAUCUGCCUUUUGGUUUUCUGGUUUGCUGCGAUCGGACGGCGCUGUUUUAGUUCUGCUUUGUUUGUGGGUUCUUGAAUUGAUCAAGUUGGUUUUUUGCGAGGGAGUGUAAUUUCUUGCAAGAGCCAGUAAUAUUAAGAGUGUUUUACUUCUUUUCUUUUCUUUGAUGAAAAUCAUUAUCAGAGAAUGAAUGAUGACGCCGGGGCUGCGUAGCGGAGCACGCAGAGGCCGGGGAGCAGCAGCAAAGCAACAACCAAAUCCGACUGAGGCAGGGGAGGCCAUUGCUACAAGAACACGCAGAAGGCGCGCGGCAGCAGCGGCCGCAGGGGCUGCACCUAAGAAUAAUAAUACCAAUAACAAUAACGAUAAAGACCAACAACAGCCGGUAGAUGAAAACUUAGUUGCUGUUGCAGUAGCAGCGGCAGCGGCGGCGGCUAACAAGGAGAAUAGGGGAUUAGUGGUGGGAGGAGUGGGAAUUGCUGGUGUUAGCGCUGUUGGUGGUGAGGCAGAAAAGGAGGAGGAAGUGGGAGAGAAACCUAUGGAUGACUAUGAUAGUGGCGGGAAAAGUCACGGUAAAGUCAAUGCCGGUGAAGAUGAGGGGAGCACUGCUCCCCUUCCUGAGAAGGUUCAGGUUGGGGGUUCUCCAAUGUACAAAUUAGAGAGAAAGUUAGGUAAGGGUGGAUUCGGCCAAGUGUAUGUUGGUCGACGUGUUUCUCCUGGUAAUACAAAUGAUAGAACUGGCCCUGGAGCCAUAGAGGUGGCCUUAAAAUUUGAGCAUAGAAGUAGUAAAGGAUGUAAUUAUGGACCACCACAUGAGUGGCAGGUUUACAGCAUUCUUGGGGGCAGUCAUGGUAUACCACGAGUACAUUACAAGGGUCGGCAGGGUGACUAUUAUGUUAUGGUUAUGGAUAUGCUGGGCCCAAGCUUGUGGGAUGUUUGGAAUAAUAACUCCCACACAAUGUCCAUUGAAAUGGUUGCUUGUAUUGCCAUUGAAGCAAUAUCAAUAUUGGAAAAGAUGCACUCAAGAGGUUAUGUCCAUGGAGAUGUGAAGCCAGAGAAUUUUCUGCUUGGGUCUCCAGGAAGUCCUGAUGAAAAAAAGUUGUUUCUUGUUGAUCUUGGAUUAGCUACCAGAUGGCGAGAUACUUCUACUGGUCAACACGUUGAGUAUGACCAAAGGCCUGAUGUUUUCAGAGGGACAGUUCGUUAUGCUAGUGUACAUGCCCAUUUGGGGAGAACAGCUAGCAGGAGAGAUGAUUUAGAAUCACUUGCCUACACACUCAUUUUCCUUCUCCGUGGUCGUUUACCUUGGCAAGGGUAUCAGGGAGAGAAUAAAGGGUUUCUUGUUUGUAAGAAGAAGAUGGCAACAUCUCCAGAUUCUCUCUGUUGCUUCUGUCCACCACCUUUCAGAGAGUUUGUUGAAUAUGUGGUGAACUUAAAAUUUGAUGAAGAACCUAAUUAUGCAAAAUGUGUGUCCCUUUUUGAUGGUAUUGUCGGUCCAAAUCCAGAUAUCAGGCCCAUAAACACAGAAGGUGCUCAAAAGGUUGGUCAUAAGAGAGGUCGGUUGACUAUGGAAGAAGAAGAUGAUGAACAACCAAAGAAGAGGGUUCGUAUGGGCACGCCAGCAACGCAAUGGAUUAGUGUGUAUAAUGCUCGUAGACCUAUGAAGCAAAGGUAUCACUAUAAUGUGGCCGAUGCAAGGCUUGCCCAGCACAUUGAAAAAGGAAAUGAGGAUGGCCUGUUUAUUAGCAGUGUAGCUUCAUCUCAAAGUCUCUGGGCCCUUGUUAUGGAUGCUGGAACUGGUUAUACUGCACAAGUCUAUGAACUAUCACCACAUUUUCUUCACAAGGAAUGGAUAAUGGAGCAUUGGGAGAAGAAUUAUUAUAUCAGUUCCAUAGCUGGAGCUUCUAAUGGAAGUUCACUAGUUGUGAUGUCAAAGGGCACUCUGUAUUUGCAGCAGUCAUAUAAAGUUAGUGAUUCGUUCCCUUUUAAGUGGAUUAGCAAAAAAUGGAAGGAGGGUUUCCACGUUACUGCUAUGGCCACUGCAGGGAAUAGAUGGGGAGUUGUUAUGUCUCGUGGUGCAGGCUUUGCGCACCAGGUUGUCGAACUUGAUUUUCUCUAUCCAAGUGAAGGAAUACAUCGGAGGUGGGAUCAUGGAUAUCGCAUCACAGCAACUGCAGCAAAUUUGGACCAGGCAGCUUUUGUUCUUAGUGUGCCCAGAAGGAAACCUACAGAUGAAACACAAGAGACACUUCGAACUUCUGCUUUUCCUAGCACUCAUGUCAAGGAGAAGUGGGCAAAGAAUCUAUAUAUAGCAUCGAUUUGUUACGGUCGAACAGUCUCAUGAUCGGUCUCUCUCCCUGUAGUUAUCCAGUUGAAAGGAGAAAAACCGUGGUUUCCUUAUCUAGGCUUACAGAAAUUUUGAUGAGUACAUAGGUUUUUAUCAAUUGUAAUCAAAGUAUAGAAGCUGUGAGUUGUCUGUCGUUUGUGUGAAAUUUCUCCUGUUAAUGUCUGAUCAGACAGCCAUAGCCGAAAGGGAUAAUGGGCGUCUUUUUGUCAACUUCUGUACAGUCUUUGAAUAAUUACUCUUAUUAGGACAUAAUGUAGAAGUCAAAUUCCUCUUUUAUGUGGAUUUUGACUUUGCUUAUUUUAGGGUGGCAGAAUUGGCUUUAUUAUUAUUAUUAUUAUUUUUAACA